AGAGGAAGGCGAGAAGCCGCACGGGGGGCCGCCGUUCCUCCCCGCUUCCUCUUCGGCUGCGCCACCAGCGUUGGAUCCCGCAGUGGCGUCCUUCUGCCGUGGCGAGCGGCUCCUUUCUUCCGAAGACCGACCCGGGAUCGGCCGCAGAGCGGCGGAUUCGCAGCCCCCGCCUUGAAGCAGGGGCGCCCACGAGGAGGAAGCCUCGUCGCCCCCGUCCUCACGCUCCCCGAGAUGGAUCUGAACGAGCUCCUGUUGGACGAGGAAGGCGCCUUCUCGCUGAGCGGGUUCCAGGAGUUCACGUUUCUUCCCAGGCACCAGCAACUAAGCGAUCGCGUACGCAAGCGGCUUUACUAUGGCUGGGAUAAAGAUGGCACCCUUGAUAAUCUCUCAAGUCCAGUUGCAGAUAUUGCUGUGGAAAUACUCCAGAAAGCUGCUCCCAGUCCCAUUCGGAGGCUCCAGAAGAAAUAUGUGUCCCAUGUCUCCCGGGAAGCUUGCAUCUCCCCCUGCUCCAUGAUGCUGGCCUUGGUUUACAUUGAGAGGCUUCGCCACCGCAAUCCUGAAUACCUACAGCAGAUUUCAUCUUCUGAUCUUUUCUUGAUCUCCAUGAUGGUUGCCAGCAAGUACCUGUAUGACGAAGGGGAAGAGGAGGAGGUCUUCAAUGAUGAAUGGGGUGCUGCAGGCAAGGUGGAUGUACAGACCAUGAACACCCUGGAGAUGAAUUUCCUCCGUGCAAUUGAUUGGAGCCUCUAUACAGAUCCCAAGGAACUUUUUGAAGUGCUCAGCUGGGUGGAAGGACGUGUGGCUGAGAGGCAGGGCAUUCGACGUGGCUGGUUCACUUACACAGACUUGUGUGUCUUAAUGGAACAAACACUGUGGCAGCAGGCAUUGGGUCAGUUCUACCAGCAGGUGACCAAGCUGGCUUGUAUCCUUGGCGUGGUGUACCUGACAGGUAUUGCUGCUGUGCUUGCUUCUGCAGCAGUCCUGCAUCACACAGCACACCUGAAGAGGACUGGCCCUGUGGAUUUGGUCAGCACAGGAGGUCUGCUAGCUCCGUGUUUGCCUCUCGCCUCUCCAGUUCAGGAAAUGGGUCACAGCUUGGUGCUCCCUAACAACCUUCUCUACCCAUUAGCAGAGAACCAUAGCUUUCCAGGUGAACGGCAGGAACCAGGAAGCAGUGGUGUCACCACUACAGCACUCUAUCUGUGGAGCAGCAUUCUUAAUGUAUUACGUUCUCCAUCACCCAUCUCUUUGAGUCCCUCACUUUGUCCACAUUGCAGUCAACCCACCACUUGUGUGACCACCAACCACACAGCUUGCGCCCACCGUGCUGCACCAUCAAUGCCCUUUGGACUUGCUGCUCAUUGUACCACUCGCUCAUGCUGGGACUGGCACCUUUCUAUGUCUCCCAACUGCAAAGACUGGCCUCAGCCCCCGGUAUUGCAUCAGUGCCCCUCGCAGGCUGCUCUGGAACUCGGAAGGAUUAAAGCGUUCAUGUUCCUUAGCUAGGAAUGAAGGGAGGGGACAUGGCUUAGGGUUAGGAGGUGGGGAGCAUCUUAGUGGGAGAUGCUGCGGCCAUCUGAAAGGCAGAAACCACAAGGGUGCUAAGGGAUAGAAAGGGAUAGGUUUAGCAGUCUAUAUCCCAGUGGAUUUCCAAUCCCCCUUCUGGGUAUGACUUCCAAGACCUUUCUGCUCCCCAGUUGGUAGCUGUGCUUAAAGUAUUCCAGGAAUUUACUGGAAUCAUAGGACUGUAAGACUGGGAUAGGUUGAAGACUGAAACUGUGAAGCCUGGGCCUGUUGUAACCUUCUUCCACUGGAGCUGAGCCAAUGAUCUGCCCUGGAGACCAGUGAGAUCUUCCCUCAUUGCAUAAAAUAAAACGUAAGGUGGCUUAAAACACACACGCUGGGCACUCUGAACCACCCCCUAACUUGAUCUUCUUUGUGUGGCAAUUUAUGUGGAGCACUUAGAAGAAAUGAUCUGCGGUGUUUCACUGCCAUGGUGCCAAAUGCCAGCAAUCCUACACUUUUGAAGUCUUACCUGGUGAUCAUGCCAUUAACAGUAAUGUGUGAACUCAUUCCUACUGUCCCUUGUGUCUGCCUGCCUUGCUUUCCUUCGUGAAGGCAAUGUCCCUUGCUUUCUAAGAGCCAUGCAGGGUUGGAGGGUUUUUCAUCACCGACUGCUGUGGAAGGAAAAUGGUGCCAGUUACACAGUUGAUGCCCAUGGACGGUCCAUUUCAUCAGAUUGAAUUGGUAUUUUGGUGCCCUUGCCUUGUGCUUGUCUGCCUCUCCAGUUCUCGGGGUGAAGUGGGGCGACUGCUGCUGACACCCUAUUCCUACCAGCACGUUUUUUGCUGUAGUUUUCACUCUUUUGUGUGGGUGGGAUCUCUUCUAAUAAAGAUAGCUGUUGACGCA